AUGGAAACUGAACAAGUUAUUCACAAAGCUACACCUGAUAUUGAUGGCAAGGUUGCAGACUUUCUUGCUGAAAUCCAGUCCAUAGAACCUGAGAUAGAAGAAGAUCCCGAUGCUAGACCCAGCUUCCAGAAUGGAGGGGGUGUGGUCAUACCUCCCCCGACCUUUGCCCUGAAUGCCAGUAAGUCUCUGGCAGAAGAAGUUCAGGAACCUGACACUCCAGUCCCAAAGAAAUCAAAGAAUGCCUAUAAGAGCAUGUUUGUUAAGGGGGAGUCUGAGUUUGUUAGACCAAAGGAGAAGAAAGAGGUUGUCAAAACUGUUACCGAGGAAACUGAGUGGCCUGAAGAGCCUACCACAGUGUGGCAGCAGACAUUGGACGAGAAUACAAGCUUCCACUAUUACUGGAACACAGUCACUAACGAGGUGACCUGGGAAAUUCCUCCUGACUACACGCGAUACCUUCUCCAGUACAAAGAUUAUGAGGAAAAGGUGGCCAAACUUCAGAAAGAGGGCAAGGUCAAACCUCCACCUAAGACAACUGCCAAAGAAACAGAGGGCCCAGCACUUCCUGCCCCUAAAACACUGGUAACGGAAAGCCUAUCAACUGGUGCUACAACCACUGCCUUAACAGAAACCCAGAGCAGCAUAACAGGGGAGUCAGUCUCCUCAAGUUCAGAGGUCUUUCCCGAGACGACGGAGGCUCAAUCAGGGAUACUAAAGAACAAACAAGAAUCCACGGCCUCCAUCCUUCCAGACAGUACCAACAGCAAAUCUAAGACUCUUCAGCUGGUGGCCUAUCAUGGAGGAAGCAGUGCUGAGAGCAGCACAGACAGCAGUGAAGAUUCUGACAGUGAUGAGGACACAAAGAAGUCUUCCAAACGUAGUAAGGACCAAGACGCAGAUGACCUUGACAUUGAUGAUAUUGACAAAGCUCUUGAGUUGGCUUUGGAAAAGAAAAAGUCACACAAAGAGCACAAGUCAAGGAGGAGAAGAUCUUCAGAAGCCAAAGCAGAGAAAGAGAAAUCCAGUCUCCCUAAAACCAGGUCCCUGGUGGAUGCCAUGCGAGAACAGGUACAGCAAAAACAGGAGGUGGAGGCAAGGAGGAAAGCGGCGAUCGAGGAGAUGAUGGCCAGGGAGCUAGAGAGGAGGGUGGGUCCCCCCAGGAAGAGACCCACCCCAGAGGACCCUUCACUGCACGGGGACUGGGACAGUAAAAGAACCAAAGUCAUGGAGUAUGAACACGGGAGAAGAAGUCGCAGGGAUGAACGAGACAGUCAAGGAAGGAAUAGUACAGAUAAAGAUUAUGACAGAGAUUCACGACACAGGAGAGAUGAGCAUAAGAAGCACAAGAAGGAUGAUAGGGAUAGAGAUAGAAAGAGGGAUGAUAAGAAAAGGGAUGAACACAGGAAGAAAGACAAAAAUGAUGACAGAAGGAGAGAUGAAAAGAAAAGGCAUAAAGAUAAAGACAGGGAUAGAGAGAAAGAUGAAAAGAAGAAGGAUAGAAAGAAAGAUAAGCAGAGAGAUGAAGAGAAAGAAGAAAAGACAGAAAAUGAGAAGAAAGAUAAGGAAUCAACCAAAAAGGCAGGAUCUGAAGAAAGAUCAGAGGAAAAGGCAGAAAUCAAAAAAGAGAUAGGGGACUCGGCAAAGAAGGAAGUUGUCUCCCCUCCCCCACCACCAAUCAUAAAGAAGUCUGAGCCCCCACCACCGGAUGUGAAGACAGAGGGGGUCAACUUUGGGGAGAGUCAUCUGACUGCUGUACAGUUAGCCAAUCUCAAGAUGCAGGCCUCCGAGUUGGUAGAACUAGCACUCAGUAAACUGGAAUUCUUAGAGGUCACAAAGAAGGGACUCUCCAAACUGCAGAUUUUAUUGGUAGAAUUGGAGACAAGACAACAGGACUGGCAGUCUGGUGGAUUGUCCACUGAGUACUUCCUGAUAAAGCUGGAGGAGGCCAACCGUCAGCUACAGCAGUACGAGCAGAGUGCAGCGCCACCUGGAUGGUCAUGCCACUGGGACAGAGCUUACAGGCGGUACUUCUACAUGAACAAGAAGUCCAAUAGGACACAGUGGGAUUACCCCGACGAGGAGGAGGAAGAGGAAGAAGAAACGGAGGACAGCACAGACAAAGGGAGGCAACACUCCUCAUCCUACAGUCCACCUAAAGAUCUGGAUGAUGAAGCAAGUCGAGCAUCAGACGUUGGGUAUCGCAAUGGAGAAGUAGCUUCCAGUUCCACCAUUGACACAGAGAUCAAAUCAAAAACACCUGGCAAUCAGAUGACAGAAAAUUCUCAAGAAACGGAGAGUUUUCUAGAUUCUAAAAAUGGUGACAAGCCAGUGGUAGAUAAUUCUGACAGCAUGGAUAUUGAGGAUCAGUCGUUGGAAUCCCCGGAGAUCAGUCAGGGUAAUGAGGGGGAACCUGUCAGCUCUACCAACCAGCCCACCAGUGAGGCAGGCCUGCCUGAUACCACAUCCAUUACGUCUGUCAUGGAUGAAAUCUUCAUGGGAAAAUCAAAGUUUGGACAUCCUACACCAGUGUCCUCCAUAGGUGUGGCCCAAGUGUCCCAGAGUUAUAACUACUCUAGCAGUGUGGCUGCUGCCUCCAUCAUGAAGGGGGAACCCCCGCCCCCAGGCACUGACCUAUCUGAUCUGUUGCUGACUGCCCCACCCCCUCCACCACCCCCACCAGCAGAGGAAGCCUGUGAUGUCCCCAUGGAGGCUUAUGAUGCAAGUAUCUCCAUGGCAGUUAGCUCCCAUUCCUUGCCAUAUUCUAGCAUAGAUGGGAAUCCUAUGGUACACUCCAGUGUGGCAAGCAGUAUGUACCCAUCAGAUGUUGGCAUGAUUCCAGUGGAAUCCUCGUAUACAUCAGAGAGGAGUGAUGCUCAGCCCGCUGUCUCGCAGGAACCUGUUGUGAUUGCUCGACCUCCUCAGGUGUUUUCCCGAGAGGAACCAGGGCCAUCAGAAGUAGUGUCUGUUACAGAGCCGGUCCCUGAGAGUGUGUCAGGGGAGGUUACUUCAGCACAACCUGAGUUACCCAGCAGUAGUGGGAUCUCUAGUGAGAAAAAGAAGAAAAAGAAAGAUAAGUCCAUGAGUGGCUCAGGUUUGCACCUCAAAAAGAAGAACGUGUCUAAUUUGGUCCAAAAGUGGCAGAAAGUGAAGAAAGAGGUGGAAAUAGAGGAGCGGCACCGAGAGGAGCGUGAGCAGGCGAUCAGACAGAAGCUGGAGGAGUGGAAACAGGAGUAUAGCUGAAUGAAAGAGAGAGACUGGUAGACUAGACAUUAAACAUGUAUAAGAUACAUGUUUAGUUUGUCUGAGUGUUUAGUGUGCCUGAAUGAUUGAGUAUGCUGUAAGAGACAAUGCGGAACUUCUACUGUUGUGCCCUUGCUUACUGCCAUUAAAAAUGUGCUCAGUGACUGAGUUAUGAAAAAAACCAUAUUAAUGAACUGAUUGACUCAUUAAAAAAAUUCUUUGUAUUUGUCUAAUUUUUAUUUGACAAUUUUCAAGAAAAAUUUUAAUGAACUGUAGCAAAAAAAAUCAUUUCAGAGAAUUGUUUGAAAUGAAGAAUUUUUUUGUUAAAGAUUUUAUCUCGGAAAAGAGUGUGAGGUUUAGCUUGAUGAUAUGUAUAUAUUAAUGACUUGAAUUAGCACAUAUUGUGCUUAAUAUAUUAAAAAAUAAAAACAAA